CGGUUGAGCGUUGAGCGAGUCAGUCGCCAGCUGGUGGCCGGCCGAGACGGUUGUUCGCGCGCGCGUGAACAGCUCUCUCGCUGAACGGCGUACGUCCGCAAGUAAAGGAAAAAGAAGCUGUCGCGCGUGAACGUGGUCCGUAGUGACUCGUAGAUGCGUCCCCAUCGGUGUCAUCAACGCGAUCUGUUCGGUGGCGCGAGAUGCGCGGCUGAAGACUCGUGCGGUACUCCCGAAACUCGAGGAAGCUAACGAAGAAUGUCGUCGGUGUUCUCCAAGUUGAUAAACGGCGCGUCCGCGCGCUACGGCGUGCGCCAGGAGACGCUGACGCGCGGCGUAGCCGGCACCGCCGCGGCUCUGUACCUCCUCAAGCUAGCCUCGCCGCACAUCCUCGCCCGUGUCAAGCGAUUCUCCGCCUCCCGAGAGAAGAACAAGGACCGCGGUCGUUCGAAGCGCAACGUAAACGGGACCAUUGCUCACCGGCCGGGAGAGGACGAUUCCGAGAGCCGAUCGUCGGUCGGCUUGGAUCGCGAUUUUCUCCGACAGCUGAUCAUGCUGCUCCGGAUCAUGGUGCCGGGAUGGCGGAGCCGAGAAAUGGGUUUGUUGGCGUGCGCCACGCUCACCUUGCUGACCAGGACCUUCCUCUCGGUCUACGUGGCCGAGCUGGAGGGCCAGAUCGUCAAGAGAAUAGUUUUGCGAGAUGUGCGCGGAUUCAGCCUGAUGCUCGGCCGAUGGUUCGCCAUCGCUCUGCCCGCUACCUUCGUCAAUUCCGCCAUCAGAUACCUCGAAGGCCGAUUGGCGCUUAGCUUUAGGGAACGUCUGGUAAAGCAUGCCUACAAGAUGUACCUGAGUCAGCAGACUUACUAUAGAGUAUCAGCCUUAGACACUAGGCUCGGCGGCGCCGAGCAAAGACUGACGGAUGACUUGUCCGAACUAGCCAGUUCCGUAGCUCACCUGUACUCUAGUUUAACGAAGCCGCUGCUGGACUGUGCUUUAGUCGGCAUCGCGCUUAUCUCAUUCUCGCAUAAAAUGGGCGCGAAAACGAUACCAGGACCACUACUAGCGGUAGCGGUUAUUGGUUUAACCGGACAAGUUUUGCGUCUCGCCUCACCAAAGUUCGGCCAACUAGUUGCCGAGGAAGCAACGCGACGUGGCAAAUUGAGAGAAGCUCAUGCUCGUAUCAGUGCCCAUGCAGAAGAGAUUGCAUUUUAUGGGGGACACGACACUGAACAUCGUUAUCUGAACUCUGCUUACAAGUCUCUGGUGUCGCACUUGCAGCGUAUUCUCGCUGUCAAGCUAUGGUAUGUGAUGUUGGAGCAGUUCCUCAUGAAGUACGUAUGGUCCGGCACCGGACUCUUCGUUAUUGCUAUGCCGUUGCUCUACAACACGGCCACGGCAUCGAAAAGCGUGGUUAACACGGAUGGCGAUGGUGGCGUGAGUGAGCGAACGAGGUAUUUGACCACUUCGAAAAAUCUCUUGAGCUCCGGAGCGGAUGCUGUCGAACGACUGAUGUCGUCUUAUAAAGAAUUAGUCGCACUGGCGGGAUACGCGGCACGCGUCAGCGAAAUGUUAGACGUUUUUAAAGACUCUGCACUCUGCAAAUAUAAGAGAAACGUUGUCACCAGUAGCCCCUCGAGAUCUCUUUCGAAUGGCAACGCUCAACUACUUGUAGAGAAAAUAAUCGAAUUCGAUAAUGGCACCCCAAUAAUUAAAGGACUUGUCCGUGAAAGCAUGGACGGCAGUAUAAGCUUAAUCAACGUGCCGAUAGUCACGCCUAAUUGCGAAGUUAUCGUACCUAGCUUAACAGUUAACAUAAAGCCAGGUGACCACCUUUUGAUCACUGGACCCAAUGGCUGUGGCAAGAGUUCCCUUUUCCGCAUCAUCUCCGGUCUUUGGCCCGUCUAUGAUGGAACCCUUAUUAGACCAAAUGAAAGAAACUCGUCUGAACACAGCAGGCCUGCCUUUUACAUCCCACAGAAACCCUACAUGACUGUUGGUUGCCUUCGAGAUCAGAUUAUUUAUCCGGCACAUUCUUCAUCCAGAUCGGAAAAUUGUUCGGAUGAAGAGCUGUUGCGACUGUUAGAUGAUGUGGACUUGCGAAGUAUCGUGGACAGGGAACCGGAAGGUUUUGAUACUCUUGGCGAUUGGGAUUCCACUCUAUCGGGUGGCGAGAAACAGCGGCUCGCGAUGACACGACUCUUGUAUCAUGCUCCACAGUACGCUUUAUUAGAUGAAUGCACGAGUGCCGUCAGCCUCGAAGCUGAAGGAAUAAUGUACGAAACUGCGAAGAGGAAGGGAAUUACCUUGUUGACCAUCACUCAUCGAGUGGCGUCGCUCGCCAAGUAUCACAAGUUGUUGCUGAGAUUUGACGGAGAAGGCGGAUGGACUUUUGGACCAUUGGAUUUAGAUGCUGCAUUAUCGAUGUCGCCAAAUCGGGAAGCGAAUAAGAAAGAAACGGAAAAAGAGACGAAAACCAACCACUAUCAAAUGCUACAUGAGUUGCGUGAUAUACAUCCUGAAAAUACCUACGUGGGAAUUAGUUGAAAACUAUAUAAUCUAUAGAAUUUUGUGUUACAAAUAAAAUGAAGGUUAUAUAUAUAUGGAUAUAAAACAUGAAACGAGAUAUGUAUUCCGUAUUAUGUCCGUAUUCAUUUUAUAUCUCAUAUCUAUUUCGUAUAUUAAAUAUCGUAUAUAGACUAUUAAAAAAGAUAUGAAAAACAUCGUAGAUAAAUUAUUAUGGUGUGAUAUGCAUUAUAUGAAUGUAUAUAUAUAUUAAGAUUAUACGCUGCGAAAACUAUUUUUCCUAUUGUUAGAAUAAUCACGCGUGGACACUACAUAUUUUUAAAUAAAGAAAACUUAAAAAAUGUAUAUCACAAAAUCGCGCAAAAGAAAAAUUUAUCAAUAUAUGACUGCUUAUAUAGAUUGUUCUCCGAUCUACAAUUACAUUUCAGGUAAUUGUGAUGUGAUAAUUAAGUAAAAUUCAUACAGAUAUAAUAAUGCAAAAUGACUAUUUUUCGAAAAAAAAAACAUUUACUGAAUUUAUUACAAUAUAUUUUCUGU